AUGAAAAAAAUUCGGGCGACCGGUGAAGUCAACAGUUCGCUAUCAGACGAUGUGUGUCACCGGUUCUACUGGCUGGCAGACAACGAACGCUCUUUAAUUGCUGGCGAACGAAAAGAGCACGUCGUCGAAAAGCGGUUAAGCUCGGCUUGCCUGGCAACGGGUCAGAAACAACCAAACGAAACCCCUGGACGGACGCGAGGCAUCGCCGUUGACCCGUCGCACAGAGGUCAAGUCGCGCGCUGUGGACACAUCCAAUCCGCCGUCAGCAACCUCAUGACCUCUUCGGCGCGAUGCUGCAUUCCGUUCGCAUCGACGAAGUGUCGCCGAGCCGCAGUACCGAAUACCAAACCUGUUUAUGUCGAACCGAAUCGAGUCGAAUCGCGCAAAAUAACGAAGAUCAUUCACCAGCGCAACAGGGUGUAA